UACUGGAAAAAAAACAACUGCUGGAGAGUGCCAGGAGUCCCUAGCAACUCUGUGGCUUUCGAAAUCUCAGGGGGAAAGGCUGUUUAGUCAGCUGAUAGUGGAGGAGAACGCCUAUGCCCCAGGAAGAGAAGGCCCUCCAGAUGGACACCCCACCCUCUGAAGAACCCUUAGAUAAGCAAAACGAAAAACUGGAAAACCAGGAAGAGGAGAUGGAGUUUAAGGAACUGGACGGUCUGAGGGAAGCCUUGGCAAACCUCCGGGGACUGUCUGAGGAGGAGAAGAGUGAGAAGGCGUUGCUUUGCUCCCGCAUCCAGGAGCAGUCCCAGCUCAUCUGCAUCCUGAAGCGGAGGUCAGACAAGGCCUUGGAACGCUGCCAGAUCCUGGAGAUGCUCAACACAGAGCUGGAGGAGAAGAGGAUGCUGGAGGCCCAGAAGCUGAAGGCCAAGAAGGAGCAUGCCCAGAAGCUGGAGGAACGCUUUAUGACCCUGGCAGCUAACCACGAGUUGAUGAUCCGCUUCAAGGACGAACACAAGAGUCAGAACGUCAAGCUGAGAGAGGAGAACGAGAAGCUGAGGCUGGAGAAUGACAACCUCUUCAGCCAGGCUCUGAAGGACCAGGAGGCCAAAGUAUUGCAGCUCACUGCCCGGAGCGAGGUCCUCGCCAAGGAGCUGGAGACUCUGAAACAGAGGUGUGCUCAGGAUGCCUGCCAGGCACAGGCCCGAGAGAAGGAGCUGCUGGAGCUGCAGAACCAGCAAGCCCAGGCCCACACCAAGGAGACAGAGCAGCUGCGCAGCCAGCUGCAGAGCCUCAAGCAGCAGCACCAGCAGGCCAUGGAGCAGAUGGCAAAGGCUGAGCUGGAGCACAGCAGCCUGAACCAGGAGCUGCAGGCCAAGCUGCAGACCGUCACUCGUGAGAAAGAGGAGCUGCUGCAGCUGUCAGUGGAGAGGGGCAAGGUGCUUCAGAACAAGCAAGCAGAGAUCCGCCAGCUUGAGGAGAAGUUGGAGAUGGCAGAUGCGGCCAGGAGGCAUGCGCUAGAGCGGUUUGAGCAAGAGGCAGUGGCUGUGGACAGUAAUUUGAGAGUCCGGGAGCUUCAGCGCAGGGUAGAUGGGAUCCAGAAGGCCUACGAUGAACUCAGGCUGCAGUCUGAAGCCUUCAAAAAGCACAGCCUGGAUCUUUUAAGCAAGGAGAGAGAACUCAAUGCCAAACUCCGCCAUCUCUUUCCGUAAGGAAGCUUCUGCUUCCUCUGGCCUCCAAUUUAGAAUUCAAAUAUUUGUGCCUUAGUAUUAUGGCAAGAGUAAAGAUGGUAUUCCAUUUAUUAUACUUUUAAGCACAACAGGCAACUCAAAGAAAAGCUACUUUACUAUGAUGUUGUUGUUUUUACUAUUGUAAGGCUAACACUCACUUGCGGUCCUACCACCUAGAAUACACAAGAUUUACCAAAUUUCUUUCUUGGGGCUUUGAAAUCUUCCUAAAUUUGCUAUCAGUAUCUCUACCUCCCCUGUAAUUUAUUCAUUAUCAACCUCAGAUAUCGUCUUAUAUCCUAAGAUUUUAAAUUAGCAGCUCCUAUGGAUUUAAGUGAAUCUUAAAUGUGCAAUGAGAUAUGCUAUUGUGAAAAAAAUUAGCAUAAUUAGCCCUUGUAGAUAGGUAGGCUUGUAGUCUCCUGUAGUUGAGAUUUUAAACACUAACAGUUGACAGCAUAAUAAUAGCAUGGAUUCCUUGCAGAAAAAAGUGUCUGAUUUUGCAACCAGCCAAAUAGUUGCUUGCUUCACCUGCUUUACAGCAGUAUCCUUUUUAUCUUAUUUUAUUUGCACUAGCUUGGAGAACAAAGAUUGAGACUAUUAAGUUCUUUACCAAAGUAGGCAAACUUAUUAUAGUCAUUCUAUAUAAGCAACAAGAUUCAAAUAAGUGAAAUCAACCAGUUCUUAUUUCGCCUGAAAGCUUAGAUCACAUUCCAUUUCCUUGGUUUUUCUCCUUGAUAAAACAGGAUUUAGAGGUGCAAGAAUGCAAAUACCAGUACUUUCAUUUAAUUUUGCACAAUAUGCUAAUAGACAAAAGCCCCCAAUUUGGGGUAACAAGUUAUAGCAGACUGGGUAUGAUACAUGUAGCAACACAUAGUGAUUGUUUUGUCUCUAUUAGUAUAUUUUUCCUUACAAUUAACUUUUUCCUUGUUUAAAAAAACAUUUAAAUGGAAUGUAUAUAGGUAUACCUAUAGCAUUUUUGUAGGAAUACCUAAAUAUGUAGUUAUAAAAACAGAUCAUAGUUGUUACAUAUAUAUUUAUAUAAAGUUCUUAAAGAGGUAGUUAUAAAAAAGUUUAUGCUUACUUCUAUGUAUGUAGUUGAUAUAUAAACUUAUUAUGAAUACCUCUCAAAAUAGAUUGCAAUGUAGUAUUUUUCUCACCCGUUUGGUGCCAAGAGUGCCAAGAGUUACCUAAUGUUUUCGUUUUAUUGAAAAAUGCUACUUGGUACCUUUUUAGUAAACAGUUUGCAAGUAUCAUUUACCUUACCUCAGGCAAUUUUUAAAACCUAUUUUCUCACAGUUCUAUUAAGACUGUGGUAUUAAACACGAAUUCCAAGGAACCACA